UCUACCGUCUCGUCGUGGUCGGCGGAUUGCGCGGAAUCGAGGUUUUCGGACGAUUCCGAUAGUGAAGCCGAUGCCCGGCUUAUUUUCCACCUGAAUCGAUACCGUUUGUCGUACUGUGCACCGGCGCGUAAAAUAAGUCUCAAGAAAAGAAUGGCCAAAGACGAGGAGGACGACCUGUUGCCGGAUAAGGAUGCUGCAAAGGGAUUCUACGCCAAAUACGAACCGAAGGAAAUUCUAGGCAGGGGCAUCAGCUCAACGGUGCGACGAUGCAUCGAGAAGGAAACGGGCAAAGAAUUCGCGGCAAAGAUAAUCGAUCUGGGGGCGGCAGAGACAGGCGAUUCCAAUCACAUGCUCGAGGCAACCCGACAAGAAAUUCAGAUUCUACGCCAGGUGAUGGGACACAAGUUUAUCAUCGAGCUGCAGGAUGUGUUCGAAUCGGAUGCGUUUAUCUUCCUCGUGUUUGAGCUGUGCCGACAGGGCGAGCUGUUCGAUUAUCUUACCUCCGUGGUGACACUGUCGGAGAAAAAGUCCCGCUACAUCAUGCGCCAAAUAUUCGAAGGUGUUGACUACAUACAUUCGAAAAACAUCGUUCAUCGGGAUCUGAAGCCAGAAAAUAUCCUGCUUGACGAUAAUCUCAAUGUAAAGAUCACGGAUUUCGGUUUUGCCCGUGUCCUGAAGGAGACCGAAAAGUUGUAUGAUCUCUGCGGAACUCCGGGAUACUUGGCUCCGGAAACGUUAAAAUGCAACAUGUUCGAAGAUGCACCCGGAUAUGCGAAAGAAGUAGACAUAUGGGCCUGCGGUGUCAUAAUGUUCACGUUGCUGGUAGGUUGCCCUCCCUUCUGGCACCGGAAGCAGAUGGUUAUGCUGCGGAACAUUAUGGAAGGAAAGUACAGCUUCACAUCCCCAGAGUGGGCUGACAUAUCGGAGGACCCCAAGGACCUGAUUCGCAAAUGCCUGGUUGUGGACCCAUCGAAACGAAUCACGGUUACGGAGGCACUGAAACAUCCGUUCUUCAACACAGUACUUUUCGAGCAAGAUAUUGGACCUCUGAAACGGAGCCUUUCGGUUAAAUCGAGACGCUUCAGUCGCAUUGCUGACCUAGCACUGAAUCCCACGGAAAAUUUACGUAAGCAAAGUCAGUUCAACGCUAGGAAAAAGUUUCAGUUUGCUAUACUUUGCGUACGCGCUAUGAUCCGAAUCAAGAGGCUACGAUACACUCCGGAGCCGUUGCGCGUCGAAGAUGCCCUGAGGGACCCGUACCGCGUGAAGGUACUACGCAAGGUCAUCGAUGGAUGUGCAUUUCGAGUAUACGGCCACUGGGUCAAGAAGGGCGAGGGCCAGAACCGGGCUGCCCUGUUCGAGAAUACGCCUCGAUGCGAGGUUUAUAAUCUUUAUAUCAACAGCCUUAAUCGAUAGGCUGUGAUAGGCUUGUAAGCUCCGCAGCUGGAUGAUAAAUUCGCUACGAUGGGAAGUAAUGACCGAUGCAAGGAGUCGGAAGCGAGGACAACGUUGCUGGAAGACCGGGUACAAAUACAAACCAAGGCAGCACUGAAGAACUUCAGCAUGUUAACAGAUUACUGUUGCCGCUAAACGACGAAUAAUGACGCUGCAAUAUGUUUGAUUAAGCAAUGUUAGUGUCUAGCAAUGUCUCCUUUAAAAUCUAUCCGCGCGACCACGCGACGGUAAGAUGUGUUGAAAUGCGCCUAGUCGCUUUUUCCACCCUCCUCACUUGUUUCCUCGUUACGCUAUUCCGUAUGCGAAAGUAAGACUUCAUUGGUUUCUCUUACUGCAAUAAGUUACUGUAAAAGCGGGCACUUAGGAUUGUGCUUGGAAAAAGAAUAUGAACAGGAUUGAGACACACGUGAUCAAGCAGCAAGAAGAAGCGGUAAAAGCUGCUUUCGUUGACGAUAUUCUUUUUUUAACACUAUAGUCAUGUACACAUUAUUGUUAAAGAGAGUUAGGAAUAGUAAUAUAACCAAAUUAUGAAACGAAUGUA